CCCAGCGUGCCGGGGAGGCGGCCAAGCCCGACCCCUCGGCCGGCGGUUGGCUCCGCCGGAGGCCCAUGGUAAUGACCGCGCGCUUUAUUGCCCCGGCUCGCCGCUGCCCCCUCGCCGCCGCCGCCAUGCCGCGCUCCUUCCUGGUCAAGAAGCCCUCCAGCACCCGCGUGCCCGACUACGGCCGGCUGCUCGAGAGCCGCCGCCAACAAGACCCCAAUGGCUCGGGCCACCCGUGGCGGGCGACAGGGCACCCCCUCUGCGUGCCGGAUGGCGGGCCUUGCCCGGCGCCCGGCGAAGUUGCCAGGCUACGGGACCGCGGCUCCGUCAUCGCCUGCUUGUCCCUGCUGCCGCUUCCCCAGAGCAGCCAGGCCGGAGGAGACCCCGCAGGAGGCACCCGCCUCCCGAGCACUCCGCUCCGAGACAACCAGAACAACCUCAACCUCCCGCCGGCGGCCGGCCUGCCCCCAAGGAGGACUCCCGCCAGCCUGGGCGGCCUGGUGGAGGGAGAAGGGGAGAAGCCGCUGGGGGUUCCGGGCGGGCCAGCCGGGCCCCCGGGGAGGCCGGAGUGCCGCGGCUGUCACAAGGCCCCCCGCCCGCCCUCUGGCCUGGCCCGGGACAGGCAGCCGCGGUGCCCGCUGCAGGCAGCCGCUGCCAGGAAGUAUUUGACCUGCAAGUACUGCGACAAGGACUACGCCAGCCUGGGCGCCCUGAAGAUGCACAUCCGCACGCACACGCUGCCCUGCGUCUGCAAGAUCUGUGGCAAGGCUUUCUCCCGGCCGUGGCUGCUGCAGGGGCACAUCCGGACACACACAGGCGAGAAGCCCUACACCUGCUCCCACUGUAGCCGAGCUUUCGCUGACCGCUCGAAUCUCCGGGCGCACCUGCAGACUCAUUCCGACGUGAAGAAGUACCAGUGCAGCACUUGCUCCAAGACCUUCUCCCGGAUGUCGCUGCUGCUGAGGCACGAGGAGGCCGGCUGCUGCCCGGCUACCUGACAGGGGUUUGUGCUGGCCUCCUUGGGAAACGGUUGCUAGCCAAGAGCGUCUUUGAGGAUGGAGAAGAAGCCCAGAUCACUCGAGAUCCAGAAUGUGGAGGCCAGGGUUGCAUCUGCUGCAGAAGUCGGGGUUCCCGGCAAGGACUCUGUGACCACACAGUAUCUGCUGUUCCAAAGAGUGCCCACCCAGCCUGGCCUCCGGGAGCUGGAUCGCUCUCUGAUGGGUCAAGGGGGGAAGUGUGCAGCCCUGCAGUCGUUUGGUACCACCUGGCCGCCCUAAGAAACAGCAUCCCAGCCUGGCUUUGAAUUCCUUGCUGUGGGUGGGUCAGCCUCUUUCCUUUCAUGGAGGGGCUUUGUGGAUGCAUCCACGCUGUGCAGCUUGCAGACUCACUGGCACAUCUCCAAGGUCCUGGUUGCUCGGAGCCUCCCACAUCCACCUCCCUUGCUAGAAUGGCGUGUCCCGAGAAACUGGUCUUUGCAUUAAAGAACCCAGUUCGUGUUUGCUACCGUUUCCUCCUGUGUCCUGGCCGGUUCUCUCUGGCCAUUCUGCACCUCCGGUUGCUUUCUGGCCACCAGUGUGGGAUCUUCCCGGUUCCAGGAGCUUAUCUCUGAGU